AACAUGGGUUGAGAGUUCUCUUUAAUAGUUCACCGUCUCUCAGUUAGAAUCUCAGCCAUACUCUCAAUCAUCGAAUUAAUGCAUAUCCUAUCGUGGUCGUACCGAACUAUCAUAUGAAGGCUCAACAUGCAAUCAUCCUUUGAAUUCCUAGCCAUAGUUUUCUUUUUAAUGAUGAGGCGGGGUUGAGCCUCGCUAGUAUAUUUCACAAAGCGCACGAGAAAUGACUCCUCUUACCUGGUAGACACGACUCGAAAAGUUCUGAGUAAUGUCAAUAAUAAACUCUCGAUGUACGUACCUAUUUGUAAAAUUAAACCUCGGGUUUGCACGAGAAUUUUCAGACCUCAUCAAUUUUGAGAUAUCGCCGCGUCACGCGACAUUGAUGGACAUAGAAGGCGAGGCAAGUGACGCUCCGUUGCAUUCGGACGCAUGCAUAACUCACACGACACGUCGUUUUCAAAUGUCUCCUCCAUGUUGAUGAAUGAGAUUCGGGGGACUAGGGUUUAUCAGUCGCCAGACCCAAUUCCUACGACUUUCCCUCGCUUAAAGAACCGCUAAUGGAGCCGCCCACCAAUCACGACAGUCCCUCGCUCGACCCCCCGCCGCCGCCGCCGAAGCCCCGCGAUCGCCGCCGCGUCAGCAAGAGCCCGACCCGAAGAAGCCCAAGAUGUCCUCCACCACCACCACCGACGACGACGACGAAGCCGCCCCCGCCCUUGCCGACGCUGCCGGCGCCGGCGACGAGACCACCAGGAAGCCCAGGUACAAGCGCCGCAAGGUCGCCAUCUUCUUCGCGUACUGCGGCGUCGGUUACCAGGGCAUGCAGAAGAACCCCGGAGCGAAGACCAUCGAGGGCGACCUCGAGGAAGCCCUCUUCCUCUCCGGCGCCGUCUCCGAGGCCGACCGCGGCAACCCCAAGCGCUACGACUGGGCCCGCUCGGCCCGCACCGACAAGGGCGUGAGCGCCGUGGGGCAGGUCGUCUCGGGGCGGUUCUACAUCGACCCACCCGGGCUCGUCGACCGGCUCAACUCCAACCUUAACCCGCAGAUUCGGAUCUUCGGGUACAAGAGGGCGACGGCGUCGUUCAGUGCCAAGAAGUUCUGCGACCGGCGCAGGUACGUGUAUUUGAUCCCGGUGUUUGCGCUUGAUCCGAGCUCGCACCGCGACAGGGAGAGCGUGGCGGCGAGUUUGGGGUCUGGGAAUGAGCUCCUUAAGUGCUUGGAGUGUUCGGAGAGAGGGCGGAAGGUUGUCGGCGUGAUGGGUAAGCGCAAUUUCGAGUUAAGGGGACAUGUGAGUGAUUCGAAUGGGUGUGAAGAGGCCACUGUUGACUCCGUCGACGCCAAAGUUGAGUCGGGCAUUACGUCGAACGACUGCUGUGCAUUCAUGGGAAAUGAAGGUAAGGAGGGUAUUGUUGAUUCCUCGAGCAAUGGCAUUGAUGAUAAAUCCAUUUCCGAUGUAAUUGACAAGGUAGACACAUCCACUAUGGUGGACACCGUAGUCUCUGUGGACAGCGCACCUGCUGAUUCGGAUACGGGUUCAGUGCUUAAUUUAGACGGCAAAAUUGCAGAGACUAUAGUAAAUGGGGAGGAGAAACCAGUGAAAGGAAGUGAGUUUUGUUAUGGGGAGGAGAUGAAGGAGAGGUUCAAUAGGAUUUUGGGGUAUUAUGUGGGAAGUCACAAUUUCCACAACUUCACCACCAGAACGAAAGCUGAGGAUCCCUCAGCACAACGGUACAUUCUUUCUUUCAACGGCAACACUGUAGUCACCGUUGAGGGUAUGGAAUUUGUCAAGUGUGAGGUCGUGGGUCAGAGUUUCAUGCUUCAUCAGAUACGGAAAAUGAUGGGACUCGCGGUGGCAAUCAUGAGGAAUUGUGCUCCGGAGACUCUGAUUGUGAAUGCCUUGCAGAAGGAUGUUAAAGUCAACGUGCCAACGGCUCCUGAAGUUGGCCUGUACCUGGACGAGUGCUUUUUCACAUCAUAUAAUAACAAAUGGAAGGAUAGCCAUGAAGAGCUCUCCAUGAAAGACUACGAGAAAGAGGCAGAAGACUUUAAAAUGAAACACAUAUACCCUCAUAUAGCCUUAACAGAGCACAAAGAAGGAGUUGUGGCUCUCUGGUUGCAUUCUUUGAAUCAUCGUAACUAUCCUGAUUUACGUGCUGGUGACAAGCAAGAAUUGACAGAAAAUAAGAGCAGUGAGUAAGGGACAUGGACGUGGUGAAAUUUGUUUGUUUGACAUGUCAGGAUGCUUCUCGUUGAGAUGCUUUUGCCAAUCAGUCUUUGCCAUCCAUGUUCAGGUGACUUUGGUAUUUGAUCCUGACACUUAUCCUGUGCAAUGCUCUCUCGUUACUUAGAAGAGUUUGGAAACCUAAAAAUCAGAUUAAGCUUGUGCGAUUUUGCGAAAUUCUACAUCUGUCCUAUGUAUGCUUAGGCUCUUGUUCGGCAUCCGAGACGGCAUGAGAAGCAGGCAAGUGAGCUGCAGUCACGUUUUUCUUUGCCAUUUUUUUAAGCUAAACAUGUCGUCGUGUCUAUCUUGAGAUUAAGACAUUUAUGAAUGGCCGGAGAUCUUUGCGCAUUAA